ACACCAAGUGAACAAAGUGAAGAUGAAGGGAUAAAGUGAUAACUGAAGAAGCCACCAAGAGGAGAGGAGAGGAGAGGAGAGGCGACAGAAGACAAUCAAAAUUCAAAAGAAAAGAAAAUACUACUCCUAGCUAGCUUUGCAUUCAUUAAUCAAGAACCAGAAAUGGCAAUGGCAAUAGCCAUGGCCCUUCGCAGGCUCCCCUCUUCCUUUGACAAGCCCCUUCGCCCCGCUCUCUUCAAAGCCACCUCCCUCUAUUAUAUGUCUUCCUUGCCGGAUGAAGCUGUAUACGAGAAGGAGAAACCUGGUGUCACUUGGCCAAAGCAGCUAAAUGCACCCUUAGAGGUUGUUGACCCACAAAUUGCUGAUAUUAUUGAGCUCGAGAAAGCUAGGCAAUGGAAGGGGCUUGAGCUUAUACCCUCAGAGAACUUCACCUCCGUAUCAGUGAUGCAAGCCGUGGGUUCUGUCAUGACCAACAAGUACAGUGAAGGAUAUCCAGGUGCAAGAUACUACGGUGGAAACGAGUUUAUUGACAUGGCAGAAUCAUUAUGUCAGAAGCGUGCUCUGGAAGCAUUUCGCCUGGAUCCUGCUAAAUGGGGAGUCAACGUGCAAUCUUUAUCUGGAUCUCCAUCUAAUUUUCAAGUCUACACUGCAUUGUUAAAACCUCAUGAAAGAAUCAUGGCACUUGAUCUUCCUCACGGAGGCCAUCUUUCUCAUGGCUAUCAGACAGACACCAAAAAAAUAUCUGCAGUGUCAAUAUUUUUUGAGACAAUGCCAUACAGAUUGAAUGAGAGCACUGGCUAUAUUGACUAUGAUCAGCUGGAGAAAAGUGCCACUCUUUUCAGACCAAAAUUAAUAGUAGCUGGUGCUAGUGCUUAUGCACGUCUAUAUGAUUAUGCACGCAUUCGCAAGGUUUGCGACAAACAAAAAGCUAUACUGUUGGCCGAUAUGGCGCACAUUAGUGGAUUGGUUGCAGCUGGUGUCAUCCCAUCGCCUUUUGAGUAUGCAGAUGUAGUGACCACCACAACUCACAAGUCACUUCGUGGGCCACGUGGGGCCAUGAUUUUCUUCAGGAAGGGGCUGAAAGAGGUUAACAAACAAGGGAAAGAGGUCUUUUAUGACUAUGAGGACAAAAUCAAUCAAGCUGUCUUUCCUGGGCUUCAAGGUGGUCCACACAACCACACAAUUGCUGGUUUAGCAGUUGCUUUGAAACAGGCUACAACUCUGGAGUACAAAGCGUAUCAAGAGCAGGUUCUUAGUAAUUGCUCAAAAUUUGCUCAGAGUCUAGUUGAGAAAGGCUAUGAACUUGUUUCUGGUGGAACUGAGAACCAUUUAGUUUUGGUGAACCUGAAGAACAAGGGUAUUGAUGGCUCCAGAGUUGAAAAGGUGCUCGAAUCUGUUCACAUUGCUGCAAACAAAAACACUGUUCCUGGUGAUGUGUCUGCCAUGGUUCCUGGUGGCAUCAGGAUGGGAACACCGGCUCUUACUUCUAGGGGGUUCGUGGAAGAGGAUUUUGCUAAGGUGGCAGAUUUCUUUGAUGCUUCGGUGAAGUUGGCAGUGAAGAUGAAGGCUGAAACCAAAGGGACAAAGUUGAAGGAUUUCUUGGUUACAAUGCAGUCUGCUCACUUUCAAUCUGAGAUUUCAAAACUCCGUCAUGAAGUGGAAGAAUAUGCUAAGCAAUUCCCAACAAUUGGAUUUAACAAAGAAACCAUGAAGUACAAGAAUUGAGCAACUGAUUCUCUCUACAUAAGGUAUCAAGGUGCCAUAAAUAAUUAAACAUACUGCCGAGACGAACUGCUUAUCCCCUCAACUGAAAGAUACACCUGCAAUUGUGCUGAAUCUUUUGUUACUGCCUAGUAUUUGGUUAAAUGUGCACGUAGAAAUCAUAUUAUUUAUUAUCUUAUACAUGUCUUGUAAUUACCCGUGUGCUUCUUUGAUUUUAUGGAGUAGGUAAGCAGAUUCCAGAUGAGUUUUUCUCCUUGUUGGAGGUGGAUGGAUGAUAGAUGGCAUUAACUGAUGUCUUGUUGCCUAUUAAUCCAGCAAACCUUGAUCUGUGUCUUCAUUAGAUGUAUAUAUGUACACACAGCUGCCAAUGCUAAGGAAAGCAAUAAAGAAAUUCCGUCUUCAUAUA